AAUUAGACGUGACUGACGUGAGAAUAAGAUGAUUUUGAACAAUUUUCGACUAUAAAAUUAUUUCAUUGUUAUAAAAACAUAAAAGGAAUCGUAGCUAAAAUGUCUGAAGAAAAUUCACCAGUUAAGCCUUCAAGAUCGCCUAGUGUAAUAGACACGUUAGAAGACUACGAGUCUCAGGACACAUUGAUAAAACAUGUUGAUAUAUCAAUAGUUGAGUCAGAGAAGCGUGCCAAUGGAACUUUACACGUGAGGGACCACUACACUGUGUAUCUAAUAGACUUGAAAGUAACAGAUCCAGACUACAAACUAGUACAAUCCAAAAUCAGUACCAUCUGGAGGAGGUACACGGAGUUUGAACAGAUACAUGACUAUCUUCUAGUGACUUAUCCACACUGUGUGGUGCCACCACUGCCAGAGAAAAGGGUUCUAUAUGCCUGGCGGAAAUCUGACACCACAGACCCAGAGUUUGUGGAGCGGCGGCGAGCAGGGUUGGAGAACUUUCUCCUCCGCGUGGCUUCACAUCCUCGGCUCAGCUUCGACGACCAGUUCAUCAGCUUCUUACAGCAGGAGCACUGGCGGGAGACCAUCACCGACAGUGGAUACCUGUUACAAGCGGAGAACAAGCUGAAAUCUCUGUCAGUGUCAAUCAGACUAAAGAAGCCAGAUCCAGAAAUAGAAAAUGUCAAAAACUAUGGAAAGCAGUUGGAAACUAACUUAGGAAAUUUUCUUUAUACUAGGUCUAAAAUAAUCGAGAAGAACUACGCAGUAUGUAAGUUGCACGCGGCCUACGGCAAGCUGUUCAGCGAGUGGAGCGUCGUCGAGAAAGACAUGGGCGACGGGCUGCAGAAGGCCGGACACUAUUUCGAUUCAAUAGCAGAAGGCAUCGACGCGGUCGCCGAAGAUGAAGAGCAACUCGCAGACCAGCUAAAGGAAUACCUGUUCUACGCGUGCGCCCUCCAGCAACUCGCGCACAACCAUGAAGCCCUACAGCGAGCCACGGAGCUCGCACACGACACACUUGCCAACCGGAUAGCGGAGCGCAACCGCGCCGCGUUGGGCAAGUCGGGGCUGAUGUCGCGGCUGUUCGGCGGCACCGACCCCGACAUCGUGCGCGACCACGCCACCAGGGCGCUCGACGCCAAGAUACUCCAGGACAAGGACAACAUCGAGAAGGCCAAGCGGGACCUGGAAGAGUUUUCGAAGAAGGCUGCGAUAGAAAUAGAACAUUUCCAAAAGCAAAAAGAUAAAGACCUCCACGAGUCGCUGGUCGGCUUCAUAUCAUUGCAAGUUAAAGCCGCGAAAAAGAAUCUUCAAGCGUGGACCCAAAUAAAGGAAUGCCUACAGAACAUGCCUUGAACGCGGCCCGCCCGCGGGCGACCACCAAAUUGUACAGGUUCUAACACUUAGCGUAGAUUCAUUUGAGUUAAGGCGAUGGAGGCGUUACCAAAGAAUCGGAAUGUUUAUAUGGUAAAAUUGGUAAAGUCGUAUCUUAAGGUGCUUACCAAAUAUUUAAAGCAGUUUUCUUAGACUAGCAGCUUAGUCAGACGAGCAACUAAUAAUAAAAUACUUGAUGAUGAAAUGUUGACUACCUAUAUUCUCUAGCCGCCACAACUGAAAAAUUGCUAAGGAUGGUAUUCCAUCUGUCCAAUGUGUAUUUGCGUCUCACAUUUUGCUUAAUGAGAGAGUGAGACGCAAUGCAUAUUGGACAAAGAAAUUAGACAAGAAUACCACCCUAAGACCAUAGAGUAACUUAUACUCACCUUAUACUAGAGCGAUACUGUCAUAGUAAAUUUUGUAACCACAGUAAAUUCACUGCCAUCUAUCGACACACUUUAAAACUAAAAAUAAAGAUCUAUAAAAAUACGAUAAAAUGUAUUUAAAUAUGGAUAAAUGUUUUUUUUAUUUGCAUUAAUUAUUUUUAUGAUUUUGACCCAUGUUCUUUCACUGAUAUGCGUUAAAAUUGUUAAAUAACAAACGAAAUCGUCAACGCCAUCUAUACGUCAGUAGGCCCAAGCUAGUAGCGCCCUCUGAGCGAGAAUCAAAUUUUCUUGAUUUUCGGGGCACGUUUUUUCCUUAGACUGUAUCCAUCUAUUACGGAGUUAUAUCUAUCUUUGCUAAAACAAAUGCAAUAUUGAUUUGUCAAAAUAAAGAAUCAAAGUUGAAGGAAACGGGAGACCUUUAUUUAGGUGUCUGGGCAGCUAGGGGAUAUGGUUAGGGCCACUUGCACCAUUCACUAACCCGGGGUUAACCGGUUAAACCUAGUUACCAUGAGUAUCAGUACAAUUUGACACUGGGUUAACGGUUAGUCGAUUUGCAAUGUCGAAAACUGUCGACUUUAGAAACCUGUUUUUUUAUCGUUGUAUUACUUAACAAUGAGAUUAUAAUAGAGAUCACAGACGAUUAGAAGUUUUGUCACGAAGACUUAUUUCAGUUUGAUGCUUUUUGAUUUGUGUAUCUAAAAUUAUUAUACAGUCAAGUGUAAAAAUAUCAAUGGAACAAAUUUAUCAGAAACAAAGUACCUAUUCACAACCUUAAUAAUAUGGCAAUUAGGUCCUGUAUUGUAUGUAAAUGAGUUACAUCUGUAUUUUUACCCACAACUCAUGCUAAACAGUGAUUUUAAGCUCGUUAAAAAUAUAUUAAUGAAAUUUAAAACUCAAGAAGAAUCCGUUUUGUUUAUUUUUAUUAAAUUUUAAAACUGAAAUAUUAGACUGUGUGAACAAGAUGAUUUAUUUUAAUUAACCUGUAAAAUUAAAAAUUGAUCAUUCUCAGUUAUAUUAUGGCCAAAAUUCUCUAGACAAAAAAGCUGUAAACAAAUAUACCAAUAGAUGUAUGUGCAUUAUAAUGAAUAACCUUUUCUGUGUAGUUGGGUGAGUACAUUGCCUUUGCUUGACUGUUUGCCUUGUCGGAUGCAAUAACUCUAGCCUUGAUAGUAUUAAUGAAUACAUUAUUGAUUCUUCGCUUCGGGCAUUCAUAUUUUAUAUAGGCCCGAUCCACGGCCAAACUCAUUAUGGAAUUUCAAGUGCAAAUAUACCUAUAAGGUACCAUCCAGAUCUGGCGAAUGCGUCACGAAUGCUUCACUCGCGCAUUUUACUACAAAAUGUUGAGAAGAAAGUCUGGCAAACUAGUUUUGUCACUAACAGUACAUCCCUAGAAAUCGUUUCUGAGGUUAUAAUAGUCUAGUUAAUUAUAUGUGGUAUUUUCUAUAAAAAGGGACCUUAUUGUCGAUGGCGCUAACGCCAUUAUAAACGAUACUUCGAUAUAAAUACAAUGCCGCGCGACGCUGUGCGGCGUAAGCGCCAUCGCCAAUAAGGUCCCUUUUCAUAGAAAAUGCCCUUAUGGUCAGAUGACAACCAAAACUCACUAAUUGCAAAAAAAGAAUUAAACAAUAGUCAACUUUGUUUUAUUACUAGUAAGGUUCACUAUGGCUCUGAACUUCUGGUGAGUUUUGGUGGCUUACUGGCCUCUGCCUCUGCUCCACUGACAGACUCUUGCCAAAGUAUAGCAAUCCUUUCGCAAAUUGUUCGCGAAUGGCGUACUGAAAGCAUUUCCAGACUUGGACGCACCUUAACCAGAGAAAAGUAAGGUCAUUUCUGAAAUCCUUAUUUUAUCAACAUAGACUUUAAAAAUAAAGUCGUAACGUCGACAAACGCUUGCACAGAUUGACAACGAAGGUGUUACAAUUGGAGUUGUUACUAAGGAACGAUAGUGUAGUGUGGAGUAUGUUCCCCUCUCACUCGCGCUCACCACAAUCACAUCCUGGCAGGAUCGCCAUGUGAUGUGGGAGAUGUAUAAGGGAAAAACAAGUUGUUGUCGGUAUGAUGUUUAUUAUAAUACUGUCUAAUUAAGUGGUGUACGUGAAUAUAUAGUAACGUAACGAACAGUGAGAGGGGAACAUACUUCACACUACAAUAGUUUUCAGUGGUUGCUGCACUUUAUGUAAUUUUUAUUUUUGAAUAUUCUUAUGCCUGUAAAAAGUGUAAAAACGUCUUUACUCUCGAAAAUAAAAACUUUCAUAGUGCUUUAGUAUUUAGUAUAUGGUGAUAAGCAAAAAAGCUGUAAUCAAUAAUAGAGGUCUGAAUAAAACUUGAGGAUAUUUUAAUAAUUUUAGCUUUCAGGACCUGGAAAGGUGGAUUAGUUCUUUGGUUUUUGUAUGAUUGUGAGAAAUCUCAGGAAUAACGUAAAAAGUGAACGUUUAGUGAAAAUACUAUGAUAUUAAAUGCCGUUUUCUUAACUCAAAUGAAAUUUUGUAGUUUUUAUAUCUCACUUUGUAAGAGAAACUUAGAUCCAAUGCUAGUUUUAUUGUAAAUUAUGUCACAUUUAUUUUUAAAAAUAGUUCAAUUUUUUUGUAAGGGAGUUGUUGUAUAAUGUUCGAAUGAUAAUAAGUAAACGAUGCGGUCCUGUCAAUUUCGGUUCCAUUUUCUAUCGAGUGUACAAUUUGAUCGCAUUAAUAUUCCUUAAAAUCGUUCGAAUAUUCCCAUAAUCAUCUUACACAAUUGAUAUAAAAAUGUAAAGUAUAGCUUGGUUGUAAUUUGCGUAAAUAAAGAACACAAUUAUCUUAUUCCAGUAAAAUACCUCUUAAAGCAUGCUCAUUGUCAUCUGGUUUGUCUAAUUAAAAAAGACUAGAUGUUUUGGUGAUUAUUUUUAUUUAAGUAGAAACUUUAAAUAAAUAUAGUGCUAUAAAACUAGUGGGCAGUGAUAUAACAUUUUACUGUCCUUAUAUUAUAUGUUUAUUAUAGAUAUUUAAUUUAAUUUCAUCUAAACUGAUCAUUUUAUUUAGUAUUAUGGUAAUUUGAAACCAAAUUACAUUUAUUAUAGAAUAUCGUUGGAAAUUAGUUAAAUACUCAACUACUGUGGUUUAAAGACCAACUCAAUUUUAUAAAUAGUUACUGGCUACCCAAUGGCGAAAUAUGCAGCGAAUUACUGAUUAACUCUCGAUGUUUUCUAUUUAACAGAGCAUUUUUACUGUUCGUGCAUGAAGUCCGAGGAAUCGUAGGAGUGCGGCACACCGUAUGCAAAAUGUAGUGGAUGGAUCCGUCUCGCUUCCUCAGCUCGAAAUCGCUCAGGCUUCCUGCAUGAAUAAAAAAUAUUUUCAAACAUUGUGGAUUACCUAACAGACUUUCAUUAAUCUAAAUGACACAAUAAAUAACUUCCUUAUUCCUAUUAUUUACAAUAUUGUUGGGUAGCUAUAUUUUUACAUUACAGAAUGGCCUGUUUAAGAUCUCUCAGAAUCAGAAUGGUCUGUCUUGAAUAAGAUGAAAAAAUUGAGAAAAAUAAGUACCUACAUCAUUAAUACCAGAACAAAAAUAUAAAUACAAAACACGACUUUUAACAUUAGAACAUUACAUUAUAUCUCAUCUCUAUCCUAUUACACCUAUCAGAGAUUUUUAUAUAAUUGUCGCAACUCAGUCGUGCGAACUUAUGCUAGAUAGAUGCGCUAAUAUAUUUUUGUUGAUUACAUUGUUUUCUUUAUUGCAAAAGUAUUUAUUUCUUAUUUUAAAUCUUUAUUGCUAAUGUGAAUAAGGUAUAAAAUAAAAACAUUUUACAUA